UCUUCUUCCCUCUUUGAAUUCAAUUCAAGAAACCCUUCUUUCUCCUUCGUCUCUUUCUCCAAAUUUCCAUUCUUUCUGUUCAUAAAUUCAGAAAAAGAAGACGAAGAAGAACAAGAACACUCAAUCUGUUCAGAAAACAAUCAUGUUUCCGAUUCAUUUAGUUUUGAUCAUCAGUUUAUUGAUUUACCCUGCAUAUUCAAUCUGUAAUGGUCCAUUCAACAUAUCCUUCACUACCUUCAACAAUCAUAGCUGCUCACCCGAAGGCGGAUUGAUCUGUUACGGCUCAGCAUCUUCAUCCAACGGAACACUUAGCGUUACUCCAGCCCUAGAUUCAAAUCAGAAUAUGACUUGGCAAGUCGGACGCGCGAUUUAUCAUCUACCGAUGAUUGCUUGGCCAGCCUCCUUUUGUUCAAUAUUCACGAUUCGGAUCUCAAAACCCUCAAAUCAACCUCUGUCCGGUGAUGGAAUGGCAUUUAUCAUGGCGCCGGAUAAUCAGACAUCGCCUGAUGCCAGCUUUGGAUCGUUUAUGGGAAUCGUUGAUCCGAAAACCGAAGGUAGUACUCGAAUACUAGCAAUUGAGUUUGAUACAUUUAAGAAUGAAUGGGACAUUGAUAACAAUCAUAUUGGAAUCGAUACGAGGAGUAUCGAAUCAUCUGUCGCGAAUCGAACUCUAUCCGAUGUUGGGAUUGAUCUAACAAGUGGAAAAGACAUUACAGUUCAAGUUGAGUAUAAUGGUUGGAACAAGAUGUUUGAAAUAUCGGUAGCAUAUGCAGGGAAACCCUUGGUGAGUUUCCUAAACCAAACCUUGAAAAUGAAGGAUUCGACAGCGAGUUCUGUUUAUGUUGGAUUUUCGGGUGCAACAGGGACAGUUUAUGAGAGUCAUCAAGUAUUGGGAUGGAACUUUACGUCGAUUGAGUUGCCUGGAAGUACGCUUAUCGAACCUAAGGACUGGACAGUGGUUUACGCGACGGUUUUUCCUAUUUUGGGUAGUUUGUUGAUUAUAGGGGCAAUUGCUACUCCUUUUGUUAUAAAGUAUAGGAAGAAAAGGAAGGAAAGGCUGGCGAAGAAACGGGAGAUUGAGGCAUUUAUAGCGGCUGCAAAUGGACCUAAGCUCUUGACAUAUAAUCAACUUAGAUGGGCUACUCGAGGUUUUAGCAAAGAAAGGCUACUCGGAGUUGGUGGAUUUGGAUGCGUUUACAAGGGUGUAUUGUCGCGUCCUCACUUGGAAAUCGCGGUAAAGAAGAUUAAUUCCACUUCUAAACAAGGCGAGAAGGAAUAUUUGGCGGAAAUAUGCACGAUCGGUUGUUUGCGUCACAAAAACAUCGUUCAACUCAUAGGUUGGUGCCACGGUCACAGCCAACUCCUCCUCGUCUACGAAUACAUGUCAAACGGAAGCCUCGACCGUUACAUCGGUAAGGACCAUAUUCUCGACUGGCCAACCCGAUACAAAAUCCUCCAAGGUCUAGCCUCGGCUCUCCUCUAUCUUCACGAGGAAUGUGGAAACCCCGUAGUCCAUCGAGACGUAAAGCCCAACAACGUAAUGAUCGACUCAGAAUUCAAUGCCCACUUAGGCGAUUUCGGGCUAGCCCGACUACUACAAAACCGAACCUCAAUCACAACCAUGAUCGCAGGGACCCCUGGCUACAUGGCACCCGAAGUCAGCUUCACCGGAAGAGCCACACCUGAGUCGGAUGUGUACAGUUUCGGAAUGGUGUUGUUGGAAGUAAUAUGCGGGAAGAGAUCGACCGGGGUGUUUGAUGAAGAGGGUAGUUUAGUCGAAGAGGUUUGGACUUUUCACGAAAAGGAAAGAUUGUUAGAUUGUGUGGAUCAUAAACUUGAAGGGCAAUAUGAUUCGGUUCAAGCGAGGAGGAUUUUGAUUUUGGCACUUGCUUGUUUGCACCCGGAUUUAAUGUUUAGACCUACUAUGAGAAGGGUGGUUCAGAUAUUUGUGAAUCCCGACGAGCCAUUGGUGGAUUUGCCCGAUACGCGGCCUAAUGAAGUUUAUGUCUCGCUUAAUCCGUCUUCGGUUUCGACCACUAGAACUGAUUUCUCCACGGUUUCUAUGACCUUAAAACCUUCUAUUCUAGGUUCGAAGCCAGAUUAGACCAUAAUUGAUUGUAUGAUGAUAUGUUUGUAUCAUAAUUCUCCUUUAUGUGUCUAUAUAUUUGAUCAUGAUUUAACUUUUUGUGAAAUGUUUGCUUAUUUGA